AAUGUUAUUUACUCUCAUAUUGUUAGGAUUUGUUAAUUCAUCUUGUGUUACUAGAAAUUUUGAGGAAUGCUUAUCUUUAAAUGUAGAAUAUUAAGAGAGUUGUUAAUUAUCAUAAGGAGAAUGCAGACCAAGACCUGUAAAAUGUACAGAAAUAGAUGCUACUUACCCAUAAAAUUGUAAAACAAGUGAAUGUUAUUACAGUAAACGAUUUAAUAAAUGUUUGGUAUUUAUAUGAGUAAUAUUAGUCAUAACCAUUCACUAGACUUUUAAAUGAAGUAGGAAAUAGAGGAGAUUAACAUAAUCAUUAAGAUGGUUCUAUUUCAGGAACUCCUAUAUAAGAAUCAUAUCAUACAGAAGGUGGACCAUUACCUUCAGAUUAAGGACCAGAUAGUUCUACAUAAUCAUCAACUUCAAUGCCACCUCAAUAACAUAAUUAAACUUCUUAAAAUGAUGAGUAAAUUGUUUAUAAUAUAGAGUAUUAAUAGUUUAGAUAUAAAUUAAUCAGAAGAAGAAGAAGAUGAGCAUGAUACAAGUGAUAAUCCAGAAGAAUAUGAUGAUUCCGAUGAAAUAAAUGAUAACCCUAUAGUUAAUAAUGAACCUUGGAAUGAUCCAUAAUGUAAGUAUUAAUACUUAGAAUAGAACCUAUAAAUAACAAUUCAACUAAUUCAACAAACUCAACAAUUGAUUCGAAUGGUGAUUAUACAGAUUCCACUAAUUUUAAUGAUACAUACACUGGAUUUUAAUAUUUGAUUGAAGAAGAAAUUAAGAGUAGAUUGAAUGAAUCAGAUGAGAGAAAGCAAAUUGAAAUUAAGAGUAGUUUAGCUCAAUAAUUAAUGAUAGCCUUCAUCUCAAUGAUAAUUAUGAUAUGAAUCAUUUAAUUAUUUUAUAAUUAAUCAG